GGAACUAGUCGAAGGGGUAACAGAGGUAAGCAUGAAAGCAUGGACAUCAGCCAAGAGGGUGACCGUGACAUCAACCUUGCUCUAGAGUUGUGCAUUGGCAAGAGGAGCGACAAGUCGAGAGAUCAUGGCGAGGAAGCCUGCUCGAAUUCUCGCAAACUUUCUCUACCAUUAGGCCUCUUUCAUGGUGUGGAAGCUGAGGAAGGUAGCGCGGCAGGGGUGUCCUCGCAUCAUAGCACUGUUUCCUCGGUCUCAUGUCUUCCGAGCGUAAAGAAGGAGAACCAUGCAGGAGACGAGGAAGAAGAGGCAGAGCGGUUGUCAUCUCGAGGCAGUGAUGAGGAAGACGAGGGUGGUGUGAGGAAGAAGCUGAGGCUUACAAAGGAGCAGUCUGCUCUGUUGGAGGACAGAUUCAAGGAGCACAGCACCAUCAACCCGAAACAAAAGCAAACCCUGGCAGGGCAACUAAAUCUCCGGCCGCGGCAAAUCGAAGUAUGGUUUCAGAACAGGAGGGCGAGGACGAAGCUCAAGAAGAUGGAAGUCGACAGCACCAUCCUAAAGAGGUAUUGUGAGAAGCUGAGCGACGAGAACCAGAGACUGCAGAAGGAGCUGCAGCAGCUGAAGGCGCUCACGGCUGCACCACCGCUCUACAUGCACUUCCCUGCUGCGGCCAGCCUCACCAUGUGCCCUACCUGCGGGAGAAGAACUGAGCGUGCCGGCGACGGCCCCAGAGGUCAUGAUUGUUACGCCGGACCCCUCCUGGUGGCACCAAAGCCCUACUUCUUGAAUCCUUCGUUCAUCCAGCAGCAUGUCAGCUAGGGAAGACACUCACCAUCUCAAACUGGGAACAGUUUCAUUGGCGAAAUCGGAUAUAUAUA